AUGCCCAACAUUACUCAGGACACUCCUUGCGUGCUCCUUCACUGCGCGCCCGACGGCGAGUUGAAGGAUGUUGCCACGGGAAUGAUCAUACAACCGAAGAGCACCACGUUGCACACCGUGGCUAUGGACGCCAACGUCCUGAAGGUCACUUUGGGUCGGGUGUUGCCGGGGUGCGAAGACAUGGACCCCCCAAUACAGCCCGAGGGAGCCGACGAGCACCUGACGCUUGAGAACUGCCAUGGCUAUACCAUGGUAUGGCCAAAGACCCAGAUCCGUCUUGGGGGUCGCUCCACCGGCGCCUCCUCGAUCAUCCGGCAGCCGAUCGUCCGGCCGCCUGCUCGGAGGGCAGCUCCUCCCGUCGUCACCGCCACAACAAGCCGCCACAAGAAACUGCUGGGAGAGUCUCUGCCUCAACCGCCACCGGCGGAGCCUAAAGGCAAGGCCGCUGCACCGCUAUCGCCCAUCCCAUCACCCAACGAAGAUGACAUCGAUGAUGAUGGGCCGGUAGACGUCGAUGCCUACCUCAACACCGGCGCCGACAUAGAUGAUUUGUACAUGGCGGGCGCGCAUGAAGAAGCAUACCGCGCUCGCGACGAACCAGCUGGCCCACCCAAGGGAACCAAACAGCGCCUGGUGUUCCGCGGCUUCUCUCAAGAGACGCCUCCGGCAGCCGAUACACAAGAGCCAACCGCCGCAAACAUCUUCAGCCCCAAUACGCUGAUCAACAAGGUCAACGAGCAGUUUGAAGCGUCAGGGGCCGUUGCUCCGAAGAAGCCCCGUAAAAGACCUAGUAAGAACAAGGAGAAGUCUGCGAGCCAGCCACCUCCGACGAUCCGUCAUCGGGACUCCAUGGUACCUCCCAGCAAGGAUGGCUUGACCAGAAUGCAUGAAGCUGGCAAACCAAUACUGGGUCCGGAGCUGCAACACCUUGCUUCCGGAGAUAUGCUGCCUCUGCAGGACAGUAUCCUGGUCCUAGAGAGUAUCCUUCUUAAGGACAAAGAUCCAAAUUACCCGGUCUUCACGGUCAAGGUGCCAAGAGAUGUGGGCUUCGUCACUGAUGCCCCCGCGGAUAUAUUCUUUAUAGCGUACGAGGACAUCUUCAAGCUAUUCCACGCGAGAAGGCUGGACUAUAACUUGGUCCGCCUAUUCGCGCUCAAUCUGGCGAUGAAGAUCAAGAGAGAGAGUACCCCGGACGUCGCGAUAGCGGACCCCUACUACAUGCGUGAAAGCCAGUUGAACUUAUCAGCGGUGCGGGUACGGGCUUCGUUGUACCUACAGAAGUGCUUCUUGGACAACAAGAGGAAGGACAACAUCCUCUUGGCUUACUUUCCCGAAGACACGCACUGCGUACUCAUCUCCAUUGCCCCGAAGUUUUCUCUUGCCACCUAUUUCGACUCGGGGAGUGCGAAAAAGAAGAACUACGCCAGAAUAAGGGGUGUGCUAGAUGAUGCUCUCGAGGGCUACUUCAAAAAGGGAGGCGCCUUCAAAGAAAAGGCGGAAUGUUUCAGGGAUGAUGGUAAACACAAGUUCAAGCACGUGUUCGAGUUCCCCUGUGUCAAGCAGCCGGAAAACAGCACUCUGGACGCCUUCUAUGUCAUGCAUCACCUAAAAGGGUUUGUCCGGGAUAGCCAGAACUUGCGUUUACCAUCUGCUCUCCGAGGAUGGGCCGAAAAGUUGGCGCGGAUCAACGAUGAUGACCUCAGAGAAGACUUCCAGGAUACCAGGGUCAAGUUAUCACAUAUCAUCAUUCAAGACGUCACCACAGGGGGAGGGCCCUUGCACCAGGGUAGAGCGUUAUGCAAGAGGGACAUCGAGCACCGCCUCAAAGCGCAGGGUGACACGAGGACGUGGAUUACAAAAGAUCCGUACAAGCCGUUCCCGGAGCCCUGCGAGCCUUGA